AUGGCCACCAGCGAAAAGCCCAAAGAGCAGCAAAAGAAGCUCCCCGUACAGGACGAUCACUCUGAUGGUGAAGACUACUACAGCUCCGACAACUACAUCGAUGAGGAAUAUGAGGAUGAAGCGCCCCAGACUCAGAAUAAUAUGCAAGUGCUGCAGCAACGGAGGCGUCCUCUUCAACAACAGAAAGACGACGAAUACACGGAUGAGGAUGAAUACAGCUCAGAAGAGUACGAUGACGAAUAUUCUGAUGAUGAUGGCCAAGCCAUGCAGCCCUUUAUCAACCAAGUCUCAGAAGACAAACCUAGCGGUGGCAUGGAAAUCCUCCAUGAGGGGGAGAAAUCGAUUCUCCAUGAGAAGGGUUUGAAGCUGAGGCUGGAAUUGAACCUGGACAUCGAGAUAGAACUGAAGGCCAGUAUUCGCGGUGACAUAACCCUGGCUCUCUUGUAA